AUGGAACAGAAAGUUAGAACAUUUAAAGAAGAUUCCGAAUACCUGGCGGGCCUGAGGGGCCGCUCUCCCGCCCUCGCCCUGGACCCUCCUGCACUGCAUACUCCCCCGAGACGGGGACCCCGGACCCCAGGGCUCCGGAGGACUCAACCAGGACUUUCCAAAAGUUGCCGCGGGGCCUUCCAAUCCCCUCGGCCAUCUCCCAAGUCUGGCCAGGCUGAUGGGGCCAGCGAGGAUUCUCUGCACCUCGACAUUCAGAAACUGAAGGAGAAGAGGGACCUGCUGGACAAGGAGAUCACCCAGUUAAUAUCUGAAGGCUACAGUGUGAAUGAACUGGAGGACCACAUCUCCCUUCUCCACGAAUAUAAUGACAUCAAGGAUGUAGGCCAGAUGCUGCUAGGCAAACUAGCCGUGAUCCGAGGUGUCACCACCAAAGAAUUAUAUCCAGAAUUUGGCCUGGAUAUGAAUGACUGAGCCAAGGCUCACAGCCCUUUGUCCACAGCCCAAUGGGACAGGCAGAUUUGAACAUGAGAGGCAGUGAGAGCCCAUCCAGCACAUGCACACGCUUCCCAGCGAGGAAGCGUUAGAAGCCUUUUUCUAGAGAGCUUGAUCUGAGUCACAAGGGAGCUCAGAGACAGACAGUGAAGAAGAGCUGUUCCCUGCUCCAAGUUUCCUGAAAUGUCCCAGUGAUGUCUGUGUGUGUGUGUAUGUCUCCCAUUUGUAAAUAAACAUACAAGCAAUCUUA